UUGUCACUGGCAGUAAGCUGUGGCAGUUAGAAACACACACUUACAUACUUCACCAUCUAACCUGCACAGACAAGAGAAAUGUCAGGACCCAGGCCUGUAGUUCUGAGUGGCCCAUCAGGAGCUGGAAAAAGCACCCUGUUGAAGAGACUCAUGAAAGAAUAUGAAGGGGUUUUUGGAUUCAGUGUCUCCCACACCACCAGAAAUCCUCGGCCAGGAGAGGAAGAUGGAAAAGGGCUGAAUUGUCUCCCAAUGCUUCUGGGGGCUACUUUACUUCCUGUAGCAGACGUCCUGUCCUCUGAGACAUCUGAAGAUUACCACUUUGUCACCAGAGAGAAGAUGCAAGAGGGAAUUGACAAUGGUGAAUUCAUUGAGAAUGCAGAGUUUUCUGGGAACAUGUAUGGAACCAGCAAAUCAUCCAUAGAAGAUGUUCAGGCACAAAACCUCAUCUGCAUCUUGGAUGUUGACAUACAAGGAGUGAAAAACAUUAAAAAGACUGAUUUGAACCCCAUAUAUAUCUCCAUCCAGCCACCUUCAAUUGAGAUCCUGGAAAAGCGUCUGAGAGACAGACAAACAGAGACGGAGGACAGUCUACAGAAGCGUCUGGAGGCAGCGAGGAUUGACAUGGAGCUCAGUGAGGAACCGGGAGUUUUUGAUAUGGUAAUCAUUAAUGAUGACCUGGAAGAAGCCUAUGAGAAACUCAGAAGUGUUCUUAUUGAGGAAAUUGAGAAGGUGCAAGAUGCCAAGAAAUAGGAAAGGAAAAGCGGCACUUUUGACCAUUCUGCCCGACAACACAGGACAUGAAGCCUUUUUUUCCAGGCUUGUACGGUGCAAUCAUGGUGUUGGUUCUCAUGUCAGACUCUAAAAACUAUUCACUUAAAUGGCUAAUCAAGAUGGGUGCUAUGUUCAGAGGAGUGUGCUAUAGAGCUUUUCUCUGUGGGUGAGAAAAAAUCUAUGCAUGUAUGUUAAAAACAUCUCACUUCAAUUGAAGACUCUUCUCUAUUAACUCUCUCGAGCAUGUUUGCACCUUGAAUAAUGAAGGGAUAAAACUGUAACAAAUACGAGUUCAGUUGAUGAUGAUAGUUUGUUUAUCAUCAGCAUGUUAGUUCUAUAGUAGAGAAAUGAUUGUUUUUAAUAUGUAUGAUCUUUGUAGAGAGCUAUUACUGCAUGUUUGAUUCUCAGUUAGCCUUCAACAUGUGAAUGUAUUCAGCUGAAUGGUUAGUUUGAGUUGCACCUUCAUGUUUCUAAACUUGUGUUGAAUAUAAAACAAUGUCACUUUGAGUUAGCUGAAAUAAAAUAAAAUGAGCUACAGCUACAUUAAAUCAUUUCUCCAUUAUCGUUUUUCUAAUUCUCUUUUAAUGUCAACGUGAAAGUGAAAUAAAGUUAAUAAUCUCCUAGUUGAUUGUGUUAUAAAUAAAUAUAGCAUUAUAAUAUGCAAAGAUGUUAAACAUAUAAAUAACACGAAGCACAUUUUUACGCCUCUGACAUCAGUUGUUCCCAUUCCCAAACGCCCACCGUAAGUGUCAGUAACCAUGGCAACUGCAAACAUCAGUAACCAUGGCAACUGCAAACAUUGGCGGAAGUGAAGGUGAGAAACCAUGUCGUGGUUUGUAAAUAAGCUGUUAGCUGGAAAACAAAUAUGAUAUAGAUUAUAAACCUGCUAUUGUUAAGGUAAGAUUUUUCCGUUUUAAGUGUGCAUUAUAAAGCAAAUGGCAAACAGCCACAAUCCGACAAAAAGCUGUUUUAUUACUGUAAACAAAAAGUGUACUGGCACAGUAAUUACGUUCGGGUCCUUCCACCUCUGGAGAAAUGGAUAAUGUGUAAUAUCUGAUGUUUUUGGUGAAAUUCUUUGAUUAUGGUUCGUUUUUAUAUUCAGACAGUAACUGGGCUUUUCUGAAUGAACCUUUAGAAAUAAUGUACAGGCCUGAUACAGCAUACAGUUGUCACAAGCACUGUAUCUCAUAAUGUAUGACACAUUUUGAUAGAUAAAAUGUUUUAUGUGUUGUGCUUUUAUACUUCUGAAUCUAUUAAAUAUAUCUAAAUAUA